AUGACUGGUCAAAGCGCAUUUUUGGACAAAUUGGCUGGAGAGUGCGUCCCAAAAGUGGCGAUUGACAUUAACGAGGCAAAUAAGAAAGAGGAAUUCCGGGCUCACAUUGAAAAGAUUUGCAAAGCGGCAAUUGCUGAACAUGAGCGAGAAGAGCGUGGUAACAAAGAAUUUGAUGCUGCGACUGUCGAGCUGAAAUGUUACGGAAGUUUGAGCUCCGGCUUUGCAACCAAAGGUUCUGAUAUGGAUCUUGCACUUCUUACACCCUUCUCGAAUCCAUCUGCGGAGUUGUCGGAGUCUCAAAUACCACGACUAUUGGAGAAGAAGUUGCUGAGUUUGGGAUACGGCGCACGACUACUCACUCGAACAAGAGUUCCUAUCAUCAAGCUUUGCGAGAAACCGCUCCCAAAAUUAAUGGCUGAUCUUCUAGAGGAGCGUAAAAAAUGGGAUAGUGGCUUGGGUGAAGGUCAAGAUGAUGAUCCAGACGUAAAGCACUUGGAAAUUCUUACCACAAAGUCUCCGGGAUCAACCCAAGUAGGUGUAGACUCGAAAAAAGCCUUGGCUAAAACCACGAGUAAUCCUAGCAGUCUAGUUAAUUCAGGUAACACGGGAAACACAAAUCUAACUGAGAAGAAAGGUAUUACUUUGAAGCAAAAAGACCACCAGAAUCUCAUUGACUACCACAUUUGUGCAAAGCGUGCUUUGAGAAAAAAUGGUGGACGCGAUUUAUCUUUAAAUUCUACUGAACUCAGUAUCCAGGAAGCGAAGAUUCUUAAUGAAGUUUGUCGAGCUUUUAUACUUGGAUUGCAUUCUGAAGACUUAUCCAAUCGGCUAUCUAAUUAUCCAUCUGUCUCUCCAUUGUUUGAUCCUUCCAUUCCUUUUGUCCAGCGAUCUUUAAAUGGAAUUUGCACACAGAUUGAAGGGGAGAGGCUAGCCAUGGCAUGGGAGAAGCGUACAUUAAUGGAAGCAACCGAUAAACAAGAGUCGGAAGCUCUCGCCGCUCUCGAGGCAUGGAAAAUUUUGCAGAACAAAACAGGGCCACUCACUGAGUCUGAAAUCUACAACAAACAACUUCACAACGCUUCUGAACGCCUGAAAAGGAUUCAUUCUUUACGCCUUCUGUAUCUCGAGCAAUUGAUGUUUGAGAGUCCACAACAAUACCUUGGGAGAGUGGAAAGACUCAAAGAAGAUCUUGAGGGCAAGGGAUUGCCUCAAAACCUCAUCCGGCCACGCAACUUAACGGAAGAAGAGGUUGUGGCGCGGUUUGUUAAGCAUUAUAUUGAUGGCAUUCACGAUGUUCAUAUUCGAGAAGCUUUGCAAUGUAUGGAGGAAAUAACGACAUUGAAAGAUGUAGCUCGCCGACAUCAGAUUUUGCAACUUGCCAAAGAUUAUGAACAUGCCCUUGAAGCUGAUCUCUAUGACGAGAUUUCCAUUCACAAUGUUGAACGAUACAUCUCGGUUUUGCGAGACCUAGCUAGUAGACAAUUUUCUGUUGAUUCUUCACAAGCGGAACUGGUAGCCAUCAUCCGUACUCUUCCUGAUCCGACUCUAAUAUCACUGAAUAAGCCGCGGGAUCGAUACAAGGAUCAUCUUGAGUUUCCUAAGGACAAGGUCGGCAUUCAAUGUGAUAUCAAUUUCUCAAAUCAUUUGGCCUUGCAUAACACAUUACUUCUCAGGCUGUACUCUCUAUGUGAUACAAGAGUCAAGAUGGUGGUACUUUUUGUGAAACACUGGGCAAAGACUCGUGGAAUUAAUACUCCAUAUCGAGGCACUCUUGGAAGUUACGGCUAUGUACUGAUGGUUUUGCACUACCUGAUAAAUGUUGCCAAACCCCCAGUCUUGCCCAAUCUUCAACACAUCAACAAAGAGCCGCCUGUACAUCUCUCUCCUGGCGAGAAAGAAGCUCAAACUACUUGUGAUGGUCAAGAUGUGAGAUUUUGGAGAGAUGAAGCAGAAAUCAGAUCUUUGGCUGAGCGUGAUAUUUUAACACAAAACCAUGACUCGGUAGGGUUGUUACUUCGAGGAUUCUUUGAAUACUUUGCACAGAGUGGGCUGAUGACGACGGUUCAAGGAGUCAGAGGAUUUGAUUGGGGUCGUGAAGUUUUGAGUUUACGUUCAAACUAUGGAAUUCUUAGCAAACAGGAAAAAGGAUGGGUCGGUGCCAGAACAGUCGUUGAAACUACACAAAUAGCAGCUCCUCCAACUCCAGCAAGUCCCAGAGCUGUUGAAGGGAAUACUACCAAUUCAACCACGGCGACGGAACCUAAUGAGGCUCCCAAGACUGUGGAAGAAACCAAGGAGGUCCGUCACCGAUAUCUUUUGGCAAUCGAAGAUCCAUUCGAGAUAGAGCACAAUAUUGCACGUACUGUGACUCAUAAUGGAAUUGUGUCCAUUCGAGAUGAAUUCAGACGUGCAUGGGGUAUAAUCAGAACUCUCGGAACAAGAUUCCAAUCCAAAGAUGGACUUUUAGAUCCAAUACCUGACCCUAGCGAUUCCCAAGCUGAAUUGGAAAUCCUACUGAAUUCGAUUCACGGACGGAAAAACAAUGGAGUUGGAAAAGUCUAA